UCCGCCAUUUCAGUCCUGGAGUUUCUUGUUGCACAUUAGUUUUAUAUAUAUAUUAUUUUAAUUUUGUCAUGUUUAACGCUUAAGUUGUUGACUAUCGGGUUUUGUGGGGCAGCAGAAGUUUCGUGAACUUAAACGGCUUGACACUACUCGUGGAAGUUGCCUAAAAUAGCGGUGUUGUACCGUUUAUUCAGGAACAGCGUUAGUCAACCAAAGUUUUGUAUGAGUUGCGGAUAGGGAGAGGCGAAGGGGAAAGGCCUCAAGCCUCGGACAGGAUUUCACAACCAUGGCCGGUAAUUUUGAUGCCGAAGACCGUGAUAGCUGGUACUGGGAAAGACUAACUCGCCAUGAAGCAGUUUCUCUUUUACAGGGACAGAGACACGGCGUUUUCUUGGUGAGAGACUCAAUUACCAGCCCUGGUGACUACGUGCUGUCCGUCUCAGAGAACUCCAAAGUGUCCCAUUAUAUAAUCAACAGCAUCAAAAACAACCGGCAGUCUGGCUCAGGCUCGGUUCCUUCUCGGUUUCGGAUUGGGGAUCAGGAGUUUGAGGCGCUGGCGGCCCUGCUAGAGUUUUAUAAGAUCCACUACCUGGACACCACCACACUCAUAGAGCCCAUAAGCAAGGCCAAGCACACAGGGUUCGUCAGCUCCUCUGCCGGCGUCCCGCAGCAGCCCGAGGAGGCCGAGUUUGUACGGGCGCUAUUUGACUUCCCAGGAAACGAUGAGGAGGACCUCCCCUUCCGCAAGGGCGACAUCCUCCGCGUGCUGGAGAAGCCGGAGGAGCAGUGGUGGAACGCUGCUAACCAGGAGGGUCGAGCUGGAAUGAUCCCCGUUCCCUACGUGGAGAAGUACCGGCCUGCCUCGCCUACCGCUGCUGGCCUGGGUCCCCCUGUCACUGGGACUGGACAGGGGGGGCAAGUUGGAGGGGUAGUGGGCAGCACAGACGGAACAGGGGCCCCUCAGGUAAACCCUCUGGGGGACCCGGGCCAGUACGCUCAGCCUGUGGUCAACGCCCAACUCCCUAACCUGCAGAAUGGGCCUGUCUACGCCCGAGCCAUUCAGAAGAGGGUGCCCAACGCCUACGACAAGACGGCGCUCGCUCUGGAGGUGGGAGACAUGGUAAAAGUGACCAAGAUCAACGUGAACGGCCAGUGGGAGGGCGAGUGCAAGGGCAAACGAGGCCACUUCCCCUUCACCCACGUCCGACUGUUGGAACAACACCAUCCCGAUGACGAGAGCUGAGAAACACACGCACUCCCAUCACCUCGACAGUGUCCGGCACAUCCCUUCUCCUUCGCUCAUUUCGUCACGUUCGGAAACAAAAAGAUUUAUACAAGCACACAGUUUAUGAACCUUUGAGCUACACUGGUCAGGCACUCCUGACCCUGCCAGUGAAAGACGUGUUGGGCGAUCUUACAUAAUGUCAUUCUGAAGAGUUUACACUGAGGCCAGACUGAUAUCGGUUCGCCUAUAAACUGCUGGCUUCCUCCUCCUCUACAGCCACAUAAACAUUCAAACAAUUCAAUAUUCCUUGUAUUCAGAUAGAUAGCAGCAUUUUUUAUCUUUAUAUUUAUGAAUGCUUCAUUUUAAAGGAACAGACUGUGUCGUCUUAUCACACUUUCAGUCUGAUCUCUGUGCAUCCAGUGCAGGGAGUAGCCUAGCUUAGCUCCUUGACGGAACGCAGGAGCAAACUGUUUGCCUUCCUGAGUCGAGAGAAGAAUAUGAGAACAACUCCAAAGCAGCUUUCUUCACUGCUGUUUUGUUCAUUGAACAGCAGUAAAAGGCUGUUUCGGGUGCUUUCACAAUCAGUCUGUUGGCUUCGUUCUGGCUGGUGUGAAAGCAAAGCAGAGCCGCUCGAUUUUAUUAUAGUAGGUGUGAGUUUUAUCAUGAAUUCAGAAGUCAAACUUAGAUUAAAUCCAUCUGCUGCCCAGGAACUGUUAACAUGGUCUCCGUGGUGAUAUAAAUAGCCAUGGUAACGUGUGUGCUCGUCAGUAUGUGAGUAUAGGAGUUAAAUCAGGCCACACGGUAAAUAUCCUCCAGCACAAGAUGCUUCUGGUUUGUCCCGUUUCUACCUUUUAGGCAUUAUUUCUAACACCUGUGGUCCAGCUGCAGCCGUGACUACGUUUGCUUGGAACCACCUGUUUCUGCAGGCGUUGAAAUUUGAUUUCCCCUCUUGGGUCCUCGCAGCACCGAUGAUGAGGACUGACACCUUGUGGUCUGUUGGUAGACUCGUUGGUCCGUGCGCUCCUGUCCAACCACAGUCUCAGAUGAUCAGUGCUGUGGGCGGGACAUGAGUGAGACUGCAGAGUGGUGAGUGUAGGUUGUCCAUGUUGGACAUGUUCUCACCUACAGGUAAUACUCUGUUUUCAUGUCUGGAUCAGUUCAGGGUGGAGGUGCAUGCGUGAUCAGAGCUGCAUCAGAGCCAGAGUGCAACAUUUUUAGUAAAUCUAGAGACAACAUGCACGUUUUCUUUCCCAGCAUCCAUCAGUUGAUUGGUUGAAGAGUAGGUAGAGUGUCAGUCGACCAAAAAUUGUCAUUGGUUGACUCAUCAGUGACCUGUCAGUCCAGAUCUCUACUGUUGACAGUGUGUCACUCGUUGGUAAUAAGUCGUGUGAACAGGAAAUGAAGCAGCACCGAAAGGCAACAGUCUUGUUUUUCUUGAUUUUCAGACUGAAUGAGCCAAACUGCAGGUGUGACAUCGUCCUUCAGAGCAGUUAGAGUUUGAUCAACAUCUGAUGGAUCCUGUGACUGCAGCAUCUCAACACAAGCCAACAGUCCCCCUAAACGAAUGAAUCAGUUCUGAAUGGAAUAAAAGGCUUUAGGAGGCACUGAGCGGAAAGGGAAUGAAAAUUGUCAUGUAUAAAUAUUAUUAUCAGAGGGGCGACAUCAGGCGCCAGAAACCGAUAUCAGUCGAGCCCUGGUUUACACACCUCCAGCACAGCAGAGUCAACCUGCUCUUCCCUUCCUGUGGCCGCCCACUACAUUUCAUUCACAAGCAGAAGGGAAAACAUGGAUCGCACACAGGAGACGAAACGCUCGGCUUCUCUCACAGAAUCAUGAAUCGGUGAGUUUUCUAGUGCUAGACUGUGAACCUCGGAGCGAAACGAGCAAAGACUUGUCCCGAUGCCUCCGUGUGGGGGAGAAGGACGUUCCUCCUCGCCAAGACGACUCCACCAACUUAUUACAUCCCACACUACCAACCAAGUCCUCUUUUUUUGUACUAAAAGUGGAAAAUAUUAUGAUAGAAUUGACUAUAUAUAUAUACACACCUUACAUGCUAAACAGUGUAAACAUGUCUCCUUCCUUUAUAUUUGAUUUUCUUUUACUUUUUGUUACCAGAGACUGUAUACCUUUUAUUUUGCGUUCCUCUUUUGAAACACUAUUCAGCGCCAACAUGGAUGACUUCAAGUGCAGCAGUGUGAAAGAACAAAAUAAGCCCCCUUUCAAGGAGGAAGAAGAGCUCCCCCGAGGCUGGUUUAGACGACGAGAGGAGGAAGGUUGACGGGUUUUAUUUUUGUCUUCCGGCAGGCUUUUUAGGACGUCGUCGUGCGGAGAUGCUUUUCAGAUAAAAUCCACCCUAAAACACUAUUAUUGCUGCUUUUUUAUGUGUAACUGGUGAAACAGACGUUAUGUCACUUUAUGGCACGCCGUGACGGUCGCUUUCUGUAGGUUUAUUGUUUCUCAUCGGCUUUUUCCACAUUGAAUACACACGCUAUUAUUACACAUGAAGCUUUUAUAAACACAUGUGAGCCCGCGGAGCAUCAUGUCAACAUGAAAAUAAACCAUUAAAUGGUCUGUUGCUGUAGGGAUUUCGCUCUCCUGAGCUAAAUGUCAUUUUCCAACAUCCUGUUUUAGAAUGCAGCCUUAAACCUUUUCCUCCAACGUAGGCAGAUCACCAACUUGGGAUGUCCUCCUUCAUGUUAUCCCUGCUGUUACUCGGGGUAACAUCGUGAACACUAAUUAGGUAGCUGCAGUAAACAGCAAUGAGACUGAUGCCAGUGAACAAACACAGAAAUCAUCCUGUGGUCAAAGUCUUAUGACUCACCUGUUAUAGCAAACUGAGGUUGGGGUGUACCUUCUCCCCUCCCAUAAAUGCAGCUUCAACAGAAGUAUGAGCACGGUGAGUGACAAACCCCAGCUGCACCGGGGAGGAUCUGCAGAGUCACAGUACAUCCUCUCUGCCUCGUGUCUGGAGCUGGAAAAGAUGAGGAGUGUUAGUAGGAACUUACUGGCCCGAAGCCUAAACCUCGAUCAGCCGGUCAGUAUUGUUUUUGAUAUUUUAAGAUGAACAACACGCAGCCAAAUAGUUUCCAUAGUGCUCACAUAAAUACAUUUUGUCUGUGCUUUCCAAAUCAAGUUGAACCGUGAGCUGGGGUCAGAUGUGUGAACAGUGCCUAUGCACAGAAAUCAUUAAUGCGUCACUUCCCACAGUAUUCAGAAUAUUUAUAACAAGGGCUGUAUGUGAGAAGGCGUACAUCUCGCACAUCCAUCAAAAGAGCACAGGCGUGGUUUCAUGGGAGAAAUGACCUGAACACCCUCUGUAUCUCUAACAGAUGCAGUGAUCCAGCUGUGUGUUGUUGGAGAAAAUGCAGCUGAUGUUUGGUGUAGGUCUUUUCAGCACCGUGUCUGCAGGCAGGUGGAGCAGACAGGUGCAGGUGUGUUUGGCUAUAGCGAACUGUGGGAGGAGGAAUGAGGCCUGCGACCCUGUGCACAACUUCACAACGAAGAUUUCUAAAACGGAUGUAAAAGAGUGCACGAGCACAUGUCUGCAUGUGUGUGAACACACCGAGUUUUAUGCAUCUGGCCCCCAGUAUCCUGAAAUACAGUCUGAGUUUACAAUGUGUUCAUAAAUUGUGAAAUUUUCCCUCCAUUUUUUUUUUAUUGAGACUCAAAUUUAAGGAAAUUAUUUUUUGUAUGCCACAUUUAUGCCAUAUUUUUAUUAUCCUUGUAUGUUUAUUAAGAAAUUUGAGCCACAGCUGUGGGUCACGUUCAGGCCUGUGUAUGUCAAUAAACACAUACAAAGCUCUAAUUCCCCACAGUUUAUGUUUCUUUGUUAAGGUGGAAUAUUUGAGCUCAGCACAGCACAUGUAGCGGUGACCAGUUAACACUAAAUGACUUGGUGACAACAGUGUGCUGAGAUGCUUCAGAUGUGUGUUGGUGAUUUUGGGAAGUGGGAUGCUUUGAAAAUCUAAAAUCUAGUGCAACUGGAUCCCGGAACACAUCAUCACGUCACUUAUUGUUUUAGCAAUUCUAAAUGAUCUGUUGUGUGCUUUGUGAUGACAAGCUUACAGAAAUCUAAACUGAAAAUGCAAAAUGCGAGUGUGGUCAUCGUUUUGCAUCAGUUGGAUCAAAAAGAUGACGUCUGAAUGGAGGUCGCUGCUUCUGCCACAUUUCCUUCCUUUGAAUGGAAAACAGUUGUUUCACACUGUGGUCUGUCCAUUCUGUCCUGGUACCACUUCACUUUUUAUGUGUUUUUUUUAUCCUAUUUUUCUAUUUGUUGUAAUGCCUUUAUGCAAAGUGUUCAGCGGGUAUUGCAUUCAGAUGCACAGCACUGAACUCCCACUAAGUGUUGCCUUUAAGAGAAAAUAUUCUCGCGUCACAGUUAUUCCACAGCAGCUCGUUGAAGACCAAUGAACACUUCAAAAGGAUUUUAGAAGAUACCACUAAAGAUCCUACAAUGUGCACCUUAUCUCCUCUUCAGCUCAAGACAAAACACACGAAGCCUCUUCAAGCCAAAUACUGUUGAACUGUUUUUUAGUUUGUCACAACUAUCAUGUGUUUUUGCUUUCGUGCCGUUUCACCCCGACUUUGAAAGGACCUGAACGAGCAAACAUAGGAUUCUUUAAAGAGUACAAUGUGUCAAAGUGUUAUGAAAAUAUAUUAUUUGAAGUUAAAAAUCUACCUUUUUUAUUUUCUGUAGCAUGUAAUGUGUUAAAAUAUACCUAGUCAAUAAAAAUGUACCAGAUUGUCAGGUUGGCCUUUACAUCACUGUCUCCACAUGGUGUGAUGUCAUUCCAUUUAAUUACAUUCAGUGUUUGUUGUUAAUGUUGAAUUGCUUUAGUUUGCAAUGUGCUGAUCGAGCUCUCCACUGAACUCCUGCAUGAGAUGUGAAGUGACAGCAGCUUUUUCGAGUCUACAUUCUCAGUCUGUUUACAUCUACUGCAGAACAUUUGGUCUCAUCACUCCCAGAGCAGAUUAGUGCUGUAAUGACACAGUAAAUCAUUACCACAUUGUAGUUAACAACAGAAAAAAUGAAGACAUUAACAGAUCUGUCACCGAGGAUGGAAUGAAGUUAUGGUCCUGACUCUACGUCAUGGUUAAAUUCUUCUGCAUUCCCAUUACAUUGUUUUCUGUACAUCACUAUAACUAUAAGCCAUUACUACACUGUGUAGCACCAUAGUGAUUAG